AUGACAAAAAGUAAGAAAAAAACUUGUGGGAAAAACCAAGUACUAUCAUUAUGCAAUUUAAAGAAACUUAUACUGAAAAGGAAAAAUUGUUUCAAUACUGUUAGGAAUUUUAUAAAGUUCAAAAAACAGAAAAGAAAAAAUUCUGAACAAUGUAGAAAAUUAAAGCAGGAAAAUUUAUGCCCUAUUGUAAAACAAACCGAUGAAGAAGAAACAAAUAUUACAAAGAGGGUCAGCAACAAAUCUGGAGUUACUAAAAAGAGAGCAAAGAGAAAGGAAAAAACGAAGCAUAACACUGAAAAAAUUAAUAUUUUACAAAAUAAAGAAAAAACAAAAAUAAUAAGAAACAAAACAGAUAUAAGGAAGGAGAAGAAAAAAAAAAAAAUAAUAAUAAAUAAGAAUAAGGAUAGAACUUAUAUGCAAUACGAGCAAAAAAGUGUUAGACAUGACGACAAAAAGGGGGCUAUGACAAAAGAAAUAAGGACAAAGGGGGAAAUACUUAAAAAAAGGCAUAAAAUUAAAAAUGACACGUGUCAGGAAAAUGAACCAACGGAGCUGGAAGAAAUAUAUGAAGUAGAAUGCAAAGCGAAAUACGAAGCAAAACUAGAAGAAAAAUGUGAGGCAAACUUUCAGGAAAAAAAAAAGGAAAUAGUUAAAGCAAACUCACUAGAAAGCAUCCACAAAACUGAAAAAUUCGUACGUAAUUCGUCUAAUACUAUAUUCAGAAUACAAUAUUCGACGAAUACAUAUGAAAAUAAAACAGUACAUAUAUGUGCUGAUACAAAUAAUGUAAUAGAAAAAUCGAGCAAUUCAGAAUGUGUAGUUGAAUUACAUACGAAUAAUAUAACAGACAUAAAGGUAAAGAAAGAAAGAAGAAUAAGAAAAUAUAAAUGCAAAAAUAAAUUAGGGCAUACCAAUAAUGUUAGUAAGGACAUAGUUAAAUUGGUUUUAUCUAAAUGUGUUGAGGUAAAAUGUUUUAUUGUUACGUACAAAACGAACUUUAGAAACAUACUAAACAAUUUAUUUAAUGAAUAUAUGUUUCUUAAAAAGUAUUUGAACAGCAAUUAUAAUACAUAUCAUAAAUUGAAAUUUUUUUUUAUGUGUAAACAUUAUUUAAAGAAGCUGCAUUAUGUUUUAUCCAUAUUUUAUGAUGUUAUAGAACAGAAUGAUGAGUAUUUACUGAUAGAAUUAUAUAAUGAGAUAAAAAACAAUUUAAGAUUAAUGUACUAUGUAGGGAGAAUAUUGUCAAAUUAUUUAACUUGCAUAGCUUAUAAAAAAAUGGUAUAUAUCAUAAUAAUUUGUGUUGCGCGAGUGCAUACAAUUUUAAAUUGUAUUCUUAUAUCGGAACCUUUUAAAAACAUUGUACCAGAAUUGUUAAAUAUGGUUAAGCAAAUUAAAUUGUAA